GCUACCAAAUAAAUAUUACCAUAACAUUUUCGGCCGUAUACUCUUCUCCUCUCCCUAUUCAUUUUCUAAAGACUCGUCCCUCCCGCGAUUGCUGGCGUUCUGGUUUCUCUCUCUAUCUCUCUUUCUCCCAGCGUCUUGGAUUCGAUCCAAUCCAAUACCCAAUUUGUUCUAAUCCGCCUGCUUCAGAUUCUAGGGUUUCGUUUCGGUCCGCAAUCGGUGAAUCCGCGAUUGAUUCGAAGAUUGGCGAGGCGGCUGCGCUAGGGUUCCUGAGGCCCUUAGAUCUGCGUUUCGUCCGGUGCGUGGAGGAGAUUUCGCUGUAGAACACAAAAUGUUUUGGCGUAUGGCGGGCCUGUCCACUGCGUCUCCUGUGGAGACGAUUUUGGAUAAGGAAACUUUUAUGUUGGAGGAGCUUCUUGAUGAGGAUGAGAUUAUUCAAGAAUGCAAAGCUCUUAAUGGGCGCCUUAUCAAUUUUUUGCGAGAAAAAGUUCAGGUUGAACAGCUUAUUCGAUAUAUUGUGGAAGAAGUUCAUGAGGAUGCUGAAAAGAGGCGAGCUUUCAAGUUUCCUUUUAUUGCCUGCGAGAUUUUUACUUGUGAAGUUGAUAUAAUACUUAAAACAUUGGUCGAGGAUGAGGAGUUGAUGAACUUGUUAUUUUCCUUUUUGGAACCCGAACACCCCCAUAGCACACUAUUGGCUGGAUACUUUAGCAAGGUUGUCAUAUGCCUGUUGUUGCGGAAGACAGUUCCUUUUAUGCGUUAUGUUCAAGCUCACCAGGAUAUUGUCAAGAAGCUGGUUGACCUGAUUGGAAUAACGUCUAUCAUGGAGGUUUUAAUACGUCUGAUUGGCGCUGAUGAACAUAUGUAUACGAACUAUAUGGAAGCAAUGCAGUGGAUAGAAGAGACAGAUGUGCUAGAGAUGAUUGUGGACAAGUUUAGUUCUUCAGACUCGCCUGAAGUUCAUGUUAAUGCAGCAGAAACACUGUGUGCUAUUACAAGAUUUGCUCCAUCUGGGCUUUCUGCUAAAAUUUCCAGCCCAAGUUUUAUAGGAAGAUUAUUUCGUCAUGCUCUGGAAGAUUCACGGCCGAAGUCUGUUCUGGUCAACUCAUUGUCGGUAUGCAUAUCUUUGUUAGACCCUAAGAGGCUAACCUUGGGAGUAUAUCAUACAUACAACCGCCAAAUAGCUCAGGGAUCUACAGUAACUGCUAAUCCUGAGACAGUUGAAGGCAUGUUGGAAAGCCUAAGUGAUUUACUCAAGCUUUUGAAUAUUUCAACUUUGGAGAAUGUCCUGUUAACUACUUAUGGCAAGUUACAACCGCCUCUUGGAAAACAUCGCCUAAAGAUUGUGGAGUUUAUCUCGGUUUUGGUGACAGUUGGCAGCGAAGCUGCUGAGAAGGAAUUAAUUCGCCUUGGAGCUGUACAAAGAAUUUUAGACUUGUUCUUUGAGUAUCCCUACAAUAACUUCCUGCAUCAUCACAUAGAGAGCAUACUACUGUCGUGUUUGGAGAGCAAGAAUGUGCCUCUUAUUGAACAUCUUCUACAUGAGUGUAAUCUUGUUGGGAGAAUUCUUGAAGCUGAAAAUAAUUACAAAUUGGCAAAUGAUUCGAACAAGCCAACUGUCCCUGCUGAGGGUAGAUCCCCACCAAGGAUAGGGAAUAUUGGGCACUUAACACGUAUAUCUAACAAACUUGUUCAAUUGGGGAAUAGCAACAGUGAGAUUCAGGCACAUUUGCAGGAAAAUAGUGAAUGGACUGAUUGGCAUACAAAUGUUCUAUCAACACGGAAUGCUGUGGAAAAUGUGUAUCAGUGGGCCUGUGGGCGGCCAACUGCACUGCAUGAUCGGACUAGAGAUAGUGAUGAUGAUGAUUACCAAGACAGAGACUAUGAUGUGGCAGCCCUAGCAAAUAACUUAAGCCAGGCUUUUCGAUAUGGCAUUUACAGUCAUGAUGAAAUUGAUGAGGCUCAUGGCUCACUUGAACGAGACGAUGAGGAUGUCUACUUUGAUGAUGAAUCUGCUGAAGUUGUCUUAUCUUCUCUACGACUGGGAGAUGACCAGGAAAGCGGCUCACUUUUUACAAAUUCCAACUGGUUUGCAUUUGAGGAUGACAGAGUUGCCAAUGAACGCUCAACUGGCUCACUGGCUUCUCCAUCCCCUAAUACUGAGGGGGGCGAUGUUAUUAAUGGUGGCAGUGAUGAUAAUGUUAUUGUUGGUGAAGAUGAUGAGUUGGUUGACACUGCAACAUCUUCACCAGAGGCUGAAGAAAAGUCAGAAGAAACUACAGAUGUCUUGUCUAACAACUUAAAAGAAACUGGACACACUGAAACUGAUAAACCACCUGAAUGGGUUGAAUGGAGGGAGACUUCAAAAUCUGGUGACCCAUCUGAUGUUCUACCCAAUGGUGAGAUUCAAGUUGGAUUAGAAGAAGUUAGCAAGCCAGAUGCGGCCGAACCUUCAUCAUCCACUGAUGGAUUGGAAAUGAAUGAUGAAACCGCUAGUGGACAAUUGGUGGCAUCAACAGAUGAGAAUCCGAGUUCCGAUCCUUCCGUAGAGGCAGAAUCAGGUAAUGGGACUGAAAAGAUAGACCCAACCACUUGUGAGGAAGUUGUGAUGGCUGAAGGAACCAAAGGUGCUCCUGAGGCGGAAGAUGACAAAAAAGGAGUUAAUGAAACAGGGAACUAAUGUAAAUUAUCAAGAACCUGUUUGAUUUGGCUAACUCGAUCAUAUGUUGCAACAUUGAUCAGGUGGGAAGGUGAAUUCUAGAGAUUGGGUAGGUUUCUGUAACUUUAGAGCCUUCUUCUGUACAUCAUGAAUGGGGGGGCAGUGUUGUUAAAUAGGCUGACGAUUCUUGACCCCCACCCAUGAAAAAUUGCGUUCUCUCUCUCUCUCUCUCUCUCUCUCCCUCAACAUUGAGAAAAAUGGAAAAGGCAGGUUUUGAUUUUCAAA